GAAGUCCCUCAAACUAUGCCAUCAAUUGUCCCUUCCAAAAAGCCAACAGGUGUCCCUUUAUCUACAUUUUCCUCAUCUCGUUUCCAGAUUUUCUGGGUUCAGUUGUACUUCAAGCUCUCUAAUCGGUUCUCCAGCUUCAUAUCCUCUUCUCAUGAAAAUGAUAUUGGCAGCUUCUUAGACUAUGAUCUCUUCCAAAUCAGAUGCUGCAUGCCCCACUGGCUGACUAGUUAAUAUGAGAGCCACGAUGGGUCAUUCGACGCAUGCCGUUGAAGCUAGACACCGUUUACCUACUUCCAUUGAAGACUUGAAACGAAGAUUGCCGAGAAAUAAGACGAAAGAUGUGGAGAAGCCAUUCCAUUUAACAAGCCAAGAUAAGAGCUCAAGAUGCAAGUUUUCUCUCUUAAAACUCAUCUUAUUACUAACCAUUUCUGGCACUUUUGUGACACUUAUCUACGCUCCAGAAGUUUAUAACACUAACCACUUAUCAAGCUCAGGUUCUGGGUGGAUAUGGGGUGGCUCAGAUAAUCGGUAUAUAUCGAAUGAGGACAUUGAUUGGAAUGAUAUAUUGGCAGUUUCAAUGAAGGUGACAGCGAAAAAUGAACUGCAAGGGGUUGGUCUUCUGAACUUCAACAACACUGAAGUAGAGAAAUGGGAGAAACUUAUGCCUGACUCUAGGCACAUAGUGUUGCAUCUUGAGUAUGCUGCAAAAAAUGUCACGUGGGAGUCCCUAUACCCAGAAUGGAUUGAUGAGGAAGAGGAAACUGAAGUCCCAAUUUGUCCCUCUCUACCAAGCCUCAGGUCUCCUGGAACAAGGCUUAAUCUCAUAGCUGUGAAGCUCCCUUGUCACAGGGCCAAAAAUUCGAAUUGGUCCAGAGAUGUUGGUAGGCUUCACCUGCUGCUUGCUGCAGCAGGGCUUGCAGCCUCUUUCAAAGGCAAUUACACCGUGCAUGUGCUCUUCAUUACCAAUUGCUUUCCAAUGCCAAAUCUCUUUACCUGCAAUGAACUUGUUGCACAUGAAGGGAAUGCAUGGCUAUACAGGCCAAACUUGAGUGUCUUGAGACAAAAAGUUCAGCUUCCAGCAGGAUCUUGUGAACUUGCACUUUCCAUGAGGGGUAAAGAGCUGGUAUAUGCUGGGAAUGUUCACAGAGAAGCCUAUGCAACAAUCCUUCACUCAGCUCAUGUUUAUGUGUGUGGUGCUAUAGCCGCAGCACAAAGUAUUCGCAUGUCUGGAUCAACCAGAGACCUUGUGAUACUUGUUGAUGAGACUAUAAGUGGAUAUCACAGAAGUGGUUUAGAAGCAGCAGGAUGGAAAGUAAGAAUAAUUCAGAGGAUCAGAAACCCAAAAGCUGAGAAAGAUGCAUACAAUGAAUGGAACUACAGCAAAUUCAGAUUAUGGCAGCUUACAGACUAUGACAAGAUCAUAUUCAUCGAUGCAGACUUGCUCAUACUGAGAAACAUAGAUUUUCUGUUUGGAAUGCCAGAAAUUACAGCCACGGGAAACAAUGCCACACUCUUUAACUCAGGUGUCAUGGUGGUUGAGCCAUCAAAUUGCACAUUCCAGCUUCUGAUGGAUCAUAUCAACGAGAUUGAGUCCUACAAUGGAGGAGAUCAGGGAUAUUUGAAUGAGAUAUUCACAUGGUGGCACAGGAUACCAAGGCACAUGAACUUCUUGAAGCAUUUCUGGGUUGGUGAUGAGGAAGAGAAGAAGCAAAUGAAGACAAUGCUGUUUGGAGCAGACCCUCCAAUCCUAUAUGUGCUUCACUAUCUGGGAAUGAAGCCAUGGCUGUGCUUCAGGGACUAUGAUUGCAACUGGAACUUCGAUAUUUUUCACGAGUUCGCAAGCGACGUGGCUCAUGAAAGGUGGUGGAGGAUUCAUGAUGCCAUGCCUGACGUGUUGCAGCAAUUUUGCCUGCUUCAAUCGAAGCAGAAGGCACAGUUAGAGUGGGAUAGAAGGGAAGCUGAGAAAGCAAACUAUACAGAUGGACAUUGGAGAAUUAAGGUGAACGAUUGGAGAUUGAAGAAGUGUAUAGAUAAUGUGUGUAACUGGAAGAGCAUGUUGAGGCAUUGGGGAGAGACGAACUGGACAGAUGUCGAGUCUUAUUAUAAUCCAACACCACCUGCAAUUUCUACUACCAAAGCUUCUCUUUCUGGUUUAUGACCUGUCAUCAGUUUCAUUUUCUAAUUUUGUUGACUGUUAAACCUUCUAUAGGAAAAAAAGGAUCAGGGAGAUUCUCCUUAUCCUUCAGUUUAA